AUGGUCACUACAGCUCUGCAAGGGAGGUGUAACACUGAAGCCUCGGAUAUUAAAAGAGUUAAGGAAUUUGGGGCACAUGACUUCUUCGGCAGUGCAGACCCAGCUGAAGCUGAGAAUUGGCUCACUGAUCUAGAAAGAGUGUUAGAAGCUUUGCAGUGUCCUGAUGGAGAUCGAGUUCCAUUAGCUGCUUUCCUUUUGAAGGGGAAUGCUUACCACUAG